UACCAACUAUAAAAAGACCCACGAAUUGCUCUCUUUGCUCAUUUUCUUCCGCCAUCUCUCUCUCCCAAAAGGUUUCUGCAGUCCGCCAUGGAUCUCAAGCUUUUAAAUCCUCCUUCUACCUUCGCCAAACCUCUGGCAAUUGGAUAUCGGACACCCACCGCCCCCUCAUCCCUUAGAACGCCCAAAAAAACCUUUUUUGGAUCGUUUCUUCUCCCAUCUCCCCAAAAAAAACUCCAUUCAAUCCCAAGCGCGCUUUCCCAUUCGAUCCAGAGGACGGAUAUAAGCAAAAGUCUUACCUUGGAAAGCGUAAGAAACUUAUUAGUAAGACAGGAGGAUAGCAUAAUAUUCGCUCUUCUGGAACGUGCAAAGUAUUGCUACAAUCCUGAUGCAUAUGACCCUACUCUGUUCUCAAUAGAUGGAUCUCAUUGCUCUUUAAUGGAGUACAUGGUUAAAGAAACAGAAAAACUUCACGCAAAGGUUGGAAGAUACAAGAGUCCUGAUGAGCAUCCCUUUUUUCCAGAGCAUUUAUCUGUGCCAAUGCUUCCUCCCAUGCAGUAUCCGAGAGUCCUGCAUUAUGCUGCAGAUUCGAUAAAUAUGAACAAGAUAGUAUGGCAGAUGUACUUCGAUGAACUGCUGCCCAAUCUGGUAAAAAGUGGAAGCGAUGGAAAUUGCGGAUCAAGUUCUGUUUGUGACACGAUUUGCUUGCAGUCUCUGUCGAAGAGAAUCCAUUAUGGGAAGUUUGUGGCUGAGGCGAAGUUUAGGGAGAGCCCUGAGAAAUUCCAUGCUGCCAUAGAAGCGCAGGACAGGAAAAAGAUAUUGGCUUUGCUGACAUUUGAAACGGUGGAGUUUGUGGUCAAGAGGAGGGUGGAAACAAAGGCCAUGACUUUUGGGAAGGAGGUGACCGUUGGUGGUGGUGAAAAAGACUGUCCGCCAAAAUUUAAAAUCAGGCCUGGGUUUGUUGCUGAACUAUAUGACAAGUGGAUUAUGCCGCUCACUAAGGAAGUUCAGGUGGAGUAUUUGCUGAGAAGGUUGGAUUGAGGAAUUAGUUGUUCAUAAAAAUUGAUGUGGAAGACAGAUCUGAGGGGAACUUGUUUUGCUUUUUUUUGUUGCUUUUUGGUAAGAAAUUAUUGUGUGUUUGUUUGGUAGGUUGUGAAAGAGGUGUUAUAGAUUAUGUCAUUGUUAGUGAUCUUUCUCUUAUAGACUAAAUUUGAUAAGAUUGGUUGAUUCUGGUUAUAAACCAAAUUUUGUUA